AGUUCAUUCAAACGUCAUUACUCGACAUCGUCCUGUUCGGCGAGCGUGCAAAUCUGUAAACAAUCGUAAUUUAAAUCCAAUUUCUACCUGGUUUAUCACGCAAAUUUUACAAUCUACCAUAAAAAGGAGUGCAAGUAGUUCCUCGUAAAAUGCCGGUGGAUAUAAACCGGCUAACGGACGGUUGGUUGGAGUUGGAAUCCGACCCGGGUCUGUUCACUCUGCUGCUGGAGGAUUUUGGCGUCAAAGGCGUUCAAGUGGAGGAAAUCUACGAUCUGCAGAAAAAUAUCGAAGGCCCUGUUUAUGGGUUUAUUUUCCUGUUUCGCUGGAUCGAGGAACGUCGAGCACGGCGAAAGAUUGUGGAAACUACGGAAAUCUACGUGAAGGACGAGGAAGCAGUGAACAACAUUUUCUUCGCCCAGCAGGUGGUUCCGAACAGUUGUGCAACCCAUGCCCUGUUGUCGGUUCUACUGAAUUGUUCCGACAUCGAUCUGGGGAAUACUCUUAGUCGACUAAAGGUCCACACGAAGGGAAUGUGUCCGGAAAAUAAGGGAUGGGCCAUUGGAAACACCCCGGAGCUGGCAUGUGCACAUAACUCGCACGCAAUGCCUCAAGCCCGGAGGCGCAUGGAUCGAAAUUCCGGAGUUAGCACUGGCAGAUUUACCGGAGAGGCAUUCCACUUUGUUAGCUUCGUGCCGAUCAAUGGUCAUCUAUUCGAGCUGGACGGAUUGAAACCGUUUCCGAUGGAUCAUGGUCCUUGGGGCGAAAAAGAAGCCUGGACGGACAAAUUUCGUCGCGUAAUGUCUGACCGUUUGGGAAUAUCCACGGGCGAGCAGGACAUUCGAUUCAAUCUAAUGGCCGUCGUUCCGGAUCGACGGAUUGCAAUCACCCAUAAGCUGAAAAUGUUGCGAACGAACCAGACAAUUGUUUCGGCGGCGUUGGAAAAGCUAUUGAAAAGCAAGAGGACUGAAAGCAGAUCCCUUGAAACGAUAGAUAAAAUCAAGAAAGAGGAAGAAUCUCCAGUGAAGCUAAGCUCGGAAUAUUCUCAACUACUUGAAAUGAACGAAAAAGACGACUCGUCUGUCCCUAUGUCAAAGGAGCUAGAAUCUUUGGUGUCUCUGAACAGCUCUUCCGAUUCCGUUGAAAUUAUCGGCGAAACGGAAAUAAAGAAGGAAAAUCCGCCUCCCUCGCCACCACCUUCAUUUAUCGGUGCUGGAACAUUUUCUCCGAAAGAUCUCCUCUCGCUACUGAAGAACCUUGAAUCGGAGAUCAACAUAACCGAACAGCACCUUUGCGACGAGAACGAGAAGCGGGCCAUGUUCAAAGUGGACGACUGUCGCCGAACCCACAACUACGACGAAUUCAUCUGUACUUUCCUUUCGAUGCUGGCCCAUCAGGGAGAGCUGGGGGAUCUCGUUUCGCAGCAUUUGAUCACCAAUCGGAAGCCCAACAUGGGCAGUGUUCAGAACAGUGGUUCCCGCGGAGUGGUACGCAACUACAACAAAAAGACGACCACCAACGGGUCGUCGCCGAAGACACCCAGCUCGAAGCGACGGCGCGGCCGCACCAAGUACCGGAAGAGGAAAUAGAUGCGCUGACAGGGUUAUGUGGAUUAUGAGACUGUAAGGCUGCUUUCUCUUCGGAGUGAAAGGAGAGAGGGUACGGCAUUUUUUUUUUCUUAGUAGGUAUUUUGCUUUUAUUAAUUAUUAUUAGCUUCGAGUAAAUGAUUACUUCCUACAUUUGAAUUAAUAAAAAUCUGAUUGCUUAGGUUCAGCUUAAUGCAAUUAUCAAAAAUGA